AAAAAUCACAAACAGUCUUUAGUCUUUGGUUAUAUUAAUCGACGUUUGUCUGUUUAUUUCGUGCGUGAUUGUUCGGGUAUAAAUUUCUUUAAAAUGGAUGACUUUGGUGAUAACUUCGUUCAACCUGAAGUAGAUCCUGCAGCAGAAUUCUUAGCUCGCGAACAAAAUACAUUAGCAGGUCUCGAGGAAGAAUUGGAAACUGGCGCUCCGCCACCCAUUGUGUCAUCAAGCAGUAAUGGGUUGGUGGAUGAUUUUGUAGAAGUACCUAGUGCCGCAUCAUUUGAAGCGAAUGGUCUACUUGAAGAAGAGCCUGCACCGUCGGUAUUCAGGCAGGAGCGAGAAGAACCUGAGAAGAUCAGAAUAUGGAGGGAGGAGCAGAAGAAACGGCUAGAAGAAAAAGAUGCUGAAGAAGAAAAGAAAAAGGAAGAAAUGCUGAAAGUAGCCAAGAAAGAGUUGGAAGACUGGUACAAAACUCAUGAGGAGCAAAUAGCAAAGACCAAGGCGGCUAACAGGGAGUCUGCGAAGAACGCAGAAAGAGCGUUGGCCCGCGGCUCCGAGGGUAACGUCGAGGACGGGAAUGAGUGGACCCGCGUGGCCGAGCUGUGCGACUUCGGGCCCCGGCGCGGCCGCGACGUGGCGCGGCUGCGCUCCAUCGUGCUGCAACUCAAGCAGUCGGGGGUGCGACCCAAACACCCACCUCGCACAACUAAAGUAGCAUAAAUGAAGACUUUGGGAGGCAGUCGUUCUCAGUCAUUGGAACCAAUGUCUGGAGAUUAAUCAUAAAUUAUAAUAAUAAAUAUAAGCAUGUAUAAAAAUAAUCUUGUUCAGUGCUAAUAUACCAUAGUGGAACGUACCAGCUACGCCUACGGAAAUGUUUAUUAAAUUCAUUAUUUUGUAUUUUGUUAAUGUUAAAUUAUGCCUAUUUUUAAGAAUAGUUGGAGAACUUUUUAUUUGAACAUAGUAUUAUAUUAAAUGUCAUUCCAAAAUA